AUGAAAAUUCACGAAAUUUUCAUACUAUUCUCUGUAAUUUUUGUGAUUUCAUCAUCGAAAAAGGCUAAGGAUAUUCAGGAAUUUUUCAAGGAAAAGAAUUGUGACCCAAAAUGCACCUUCAAUUCAACCAAUUUGACAAAAAGCAAUAUGCAUUUUUUUCCAAAAUCUUGUAAUCAAAUUUGUGCUGAAAUUUCUUUGAAUGAUAAAACGGAUUUAUCAGAGCAAGAAUUAAUUUUUCUGUUUCAAAAUGUAAAAUCAAUAAUUGGAAUUUUGAACAUAAUUAGUACAAAUUACGCCAAUUUGAAAUUUUUGGAAGGAUUGGAAGCUGUGGAAUGUUUUGAUGAUUCUGAAGUUUCAAUUUUGUUGAAUUAUGAAAUGACAGAACUUGGAUUGGGCAGUUUAACAGAAGUUAAUUGUGAUGGAUUUUCUGUAAAAGUUAACGAAAAACUUAAAAUUCUCAAUAUGCCAGAUAUUAAGAAAAUGAAAAAUCCGACAAAACCAAACAAAGAAGUGUAUGUAGGAAUCGCCGAUAACUCUAACUCUUUUUGCAUUUCUCCCCUAGAAAUGUACAAUUUUUUGGAAAUUCCAACAGCCGGAGUAGAUCAAAUUUAUGCGGAUAGUUAUUGUAAAAUGGACACGAUUUGCACUAAACUCUCAAAAAAUUGUAUUUGGAUCCUUGGAGACGUCAAAAUCACAACGAAUUGUGAUUUAGAAAAUAUGAAAUCAGUGGAGGCGAUUUUCGGAGGAAUCACUAUUUCUGGGACGAAUAUCACGGAUUUCAGUUUUCUGGAAAAUCUGAAAUAUGUGGCACAAUUGGAGCACAAACCAGCGGUGGUAAUCGAAAACAUCCCGAACUUAAUGAAUGUAACAUUUCCAAAGUUGAAAAGAGUCAAAUCGGAUUCUUCAUAUACUAUGGAAUUCGAGAAUGUUAACCCAAUUUUUACACUUAAUUCCACUUAUUGCUAUGAGAUCAGAAAAUCACUUGGAUUAUCAGAUUGGGCACCGAAGUUUGAUGGUUUCAGUUGUGAAGAUCUCGACAGCAACCAUGACUACAUUGUUCAAAACCAAAAAAAGAAAUCUGAAAAUCGAAAUGGAAUUGGAGCAUUUUUAAUAAUCAUUUUAUACUUGUUCAUUUGA